GGAAUUUUUGGAAUAUUAUGUAAAAUUGACACACUUUCACGACGCUUAUGUACUUCCUAAAACCAUACCAUGUAUGGUGUGCCUUUUUAAAGGUCCGUAACCUAUGACAGUAUGAAGAGAGAGGGGGAUGGUAUGCCGUGGACAGCACCCCGGAAGUGUAAGCGCUCCAGACUCUGUGUCAGCACAGCAGGCUCACCCGACGGACAUCUUCAUCUGGUCUUACACUUUAAGAGGAGGUCUUCAUUUCUGAGUUUGACACCAUCUAACCGUGUGGAGACUGCACAGGAACAUAGAAGGAAGCCUUGUGUUGAUAGAAGAGUCAGUGGUAAGAUUGUCAAACCACAAAGAGUGGGGAGUAAAAGCAGAACUGUGGGUGAAGCCAAGAAGAGAACAACACAGCUGAAAUCUGUACAUGAACUAGAAAUGAAGUCUCCAAAGUCUUGCGAAAGUCAUGGACUGGAAAGUGGAAAUAAGUCUUAUGUUAACAAAGUCGCAGACCAAAAAGUCCCAGAACCAUCAACAUUGAUGAGAAAAGAGGAAAGAACAAGUCAUACCAAAGAGAAACCAAUGUGCAGUAAAUCUGGGAAGGAGCACAGAAACAGUACUAACCAUACAAGAAGGUACAAGCAAUACAAGGUGAAAUACAAUGGGUAUCCAUCUCACAAACAUUUUACUCCUCUGUUAAACUUAAGGACUGGCACCACAACAAAAACUUGUGUAAAAAGAACACCCAAGCCAAACCCUUGCCAUAAAGUAAUGCAGUACAACUCAGGCCAUUGCAGUGAACCUUCAGAAAAUGGUGUCUGCGCAGUAGAAAGCCAGCAGAAACCAUCAUUAAAGAAGAAGAGUGAACUUGCAUGUGUAGGCACUACUGUGGAGGACAGCAGACAGUCUAAAUGGUAUGUUUCACCCAUAACUCACACAAGGAAUGAGGAAAAACAGCUCAAACACAUUGACGAAAAGAGGUGCAAUCAAGGAGAAAAGCUUGCUAAGACCAAGACAAUGUCAGAUACUGCCACUCAAAAACUUCAUCCAGAUUCAAACAGGAAAGACAGUAAAUGGGAAGUGACUGAAAUUGAGUAUAAGAAGAAGCAAACAGUGUCUGAUAAUCAAAAGUUAGGCAAACUUAAUAAGUCAGGAAUGAAGUCAGCUAUCAUGGAAGUAGAGUCCACAACAGCUUUAUCCAUUGGAUUGUUUCCAACUUGUCCAUGGGAGGUAGAGUCAGACGAUAGCUCAGAUGAUUCAGAUGGAGAAAAGACUGAAGUGAAACUGACUGAAUUAGGGAAUGAACAGCAAACAGUUCCGGACAAUCAACAGCUAAGCAAGGUACAUGAACCUGCUUGGAAGUUACAGGGUGCAACAUGUGAGACAACAAUCGAGUCAGAAGUACAGCACAGGAACACUUCAUGUACAAAAGCAGAAAGUACUAGGUCACCUACUGGUACUUCUGGUGCUAUGAGACAGAAAAAUACAGCUGAGACAGGAAGGAGUGAAAAGAAAAACUUUCUCAAAGAAGGACAAAUGAUGAUGUAA